AUGAAACUCCCUCUCUUCCUCCUUCCCAUCUUGGGAGCCCUGGCCCAAGCCAACCCCAUCACCUCGCAAGCCUCAUCAUGGCCCUACGCACCCUUCACCACCUCAGGCCGAGACAUCAAGAACAGCCUUGGUCAAACUGUCAACUACGCCGGCGUCAACUGGCCCGGUGCAGCCGAUGUCAUGAUCCCUGAGGGUCUACAAUACCAAUCCGUCAAGACCAUCAUGUCCAAGAUCAAGUCCCUCGGCAUGAAUGUGAUCAGAUUGACUUAUGCUAUUGAGAUGAUCGACGAUAUCUAUGGAAAUGUGGACAGCAGUCUCAAGACCGCUUUCAUCCAAGCACUGGGACAAACGAACGGAACAAAAGUUUUGAAGCAGGUCUUGGCUGCCAAUCCAUCUUUUACUGAAAAGACUACUCGUCUGCAGGUCUUCGAUGCCAUAGCCGCAGAAGCAGCCACCCAAAACAUCUACAUCCACCUCGAUAACCACGUCUCAAAGGGAGAAUGGUGCUGCAGCCACACAGACGGCAACGCCUGGUUCGGCGACACCUACUUCAACGUGGCCAACUGGAAACGCGGACUGGCCUACAUGGCCUCCCACGCCGCCUCAUGGCCAGCCUUCACCUCAAUGUCUUUGCGCAAUGAAUUACGCACCACUGCAGACGGCACUGGCGAUAACUGGGUUUCCUGGUAUGCGAAUAUGAUCCCUGCAGCCGAUGGCAUCCACAAAGCGAAUACUUCACCCCUAAUCUUUUUUUCGGGCUUGAGCUACGAUACGCAACUUGCUACUAUCGUCAAUGGCAACGACAUUGGCAACGGCACUCACUUUUCCAAAUCCUCUCACUCCUACGCAAACAAAAUCAUCUGGGAACUGCACAACUAUCAAAACAGCGCUACCAACUGCAACGAUAUCAAGGGAAGCUUGAGAAACCAAGGAUACAAUGCCAUGGAAGGCGACUCGGCUGCCGUCAAUAAAGCUCCAGUUUUGUUGACCGAAUUCGGUUUCGAUCAGAAUACUGGAAGCCAGAGUGUUUAUGCGCAGUGCAUUGAAGAUUACUUGACUACUCUGCCCGGUGGUCCUGGCGGUUGGAUGCAGUGGGUGGUGUCAGGAAGCUAUUACAUUCGUGAGGGCGGCGAGGACAAAGAUGAGUCUUGGGGUCUCCUGAACCACGACUGGUCGAACUGGCGCAACCAGACUGCAGUCGAUUACACCAAGAGCUUUGUCAAAAAGACUCUUGGCUAG